UACCAUCAGGGCGGUUUGUGCAUUGCUGGAGGUGUGACUGGGUUUGCACGGACACGAUCUAUUCCAUCUCUCCUUGUCGGUGUAGGCGUUGGCGCACUCUACCUCUACAGUGCGGACAGCAUCCAAAAGCAGACGGCAAAUGGUUUGGAGACGGCAGUGGGCGCUUCUGCUCUCCUUCUCGCAUCCUCCGUUCCUCGUCUUCGGAAAGGCCCCAUGCCAUUGAUGCUCACAGCAGCUUCGUUGGGCGCAGGCUCGUACUACGCGAAGAAGACGUACCGUGUUCGCCAAUAUCGUAUGGCCGACAAGGACUUCUGGAUGACCCCGAGCAACAUGUCGAAACCCCAUGAGGUUUAG